AUGGAGGGCCUCAACAAAAAGAUGGAAAAUAACCCUAUUUAUAUCUUGAUAGAUGAGCUCAAGUCUUCUGAAAUCGAGAGGAAAAAGGAAUCUAUCAGAAACAUUGCGACUUUAGCUAUUGUCCUUGGGCCUGAUAAUACAAGAAAUGAACUCCUGAGUAACAUUACUGAACUUAUUGAGGAAAAGGAAGUGUUGAUGGAAUUUCUCAAAAAGAGUAUUUUUAAAGAUCUCCUGCACUUUAUUGGAGGUGCUAAGCAUGUUAAAUGUAUUUUUGAUAUUCUCCAAAACCUUUCAACAAGAGAAGAUGAAGAGACAAGAGCAGCUGCACUGGAAAUCUUUAAAUUUAUAAUUGAAGAAGCCAAGCCAAAGACAGUCCAAGACGAUAUUUUAGAAAUAUCUAUAGAUUUGCUUCAAGGAGAGUGGUACACCAGUAAAAUGAGUGGCCUUGAGAUAGCUCUUUUCAUGAUCGGUAAAGAUAUCCGAGAGAAUACUAAAAGGAAAUUGAUCAAACAAAUUGUGGAAACUGCUACUGAUAUUGUAUAUCCUGUAAGGAAAGCAGUAGCUGUCUCUCUUCCAAAGAUAAUCGAACUUAUUCCAAUAUUCCCUCAAGAGUCAGUGAAAAGUAUGGUAAAGGAACUUAUCACAGAUGUGGCUGAAGUUGUUAAAACAAGUUCUCUAGAAGGAGCUCUUCUCUUCAUUGAAAAAGUUCGUGAUGAUGAAGACACCCUUGUCUCUCUAUUCCCAUACUUCCUUGAUGGGUACACAGAUAGCUUUUUCAUGGUCAGGAAGUUAUUUAUAGAACAGACGAAGAGAAUUAUAAAUCUGUUUGGUGGUAUUAGAAUAACUAGACACCAGAUCGAAAACCCAACAUAUGAACAAGAUAAUAAAGCAGAAAAUGAGGGCUCUAAAGCUAUCUCUCAAGAUGUAGAGUCAGACUCAAUUGUUGAUGUGAAAAAGGAAAUUUGAGACACUUUAAAAGGUCUUUUAGAUAAUGAUUUAAAUAAAAUAACCAAGAAAGCUAUUGCAGGAAUAAUUUUUGAGAUGUGAAAUGAGCCCCAUCCUAAAGAAGAAGCUGAAUUGUAUCUUGAUAUUGCUAGCAAGCUAUUUGAAAUCCUCAAAGUGACAUUAGAAUCCGAUGGACUCAGAAACUCUGAGGAUAGGUCAUUUGCAAUGAUUUUGCUUUCAAAUCUCCCAAAUUUAUCUAAAAUCACAGAGGUCAUGAAAUUCAAAUAAAUCAAUUUUAGACUCUUGCACCGAAAUCCUAGAAAUCAGCGAUUGGAGAGAAAAAUCUAGGUUCCUUCAAGAGCUACCAAAGAUCGCAGAGAUAAUCGGGAUGCAAGAGUUUACUGAUGUGUUUCUGGAAAUUCUCAAAGAAAGUCUCUCUGAUCGAAUCUAUAUAGUUAGGCAACAAGCAAUAGCUGUCGUGAAUAGACUAACCUCUACAUUUGGGGUUGAGUGGUUUAUCAAAUUUGUAAUAUUCUACCUAUAUGCGUUCAAAUCAGAUAAAAACUAUUUGCAUCGUCAGACCCCUUUAUUCUGACUCAAAAUUAUGAGUCAUAAUCUUGUUCAGUACUAUAGCAGCAUCUUAGUCGAUGAAAAAGAAAGAGCAAAAGAGAUUGAAGCGAUGAUUGAUUUUCUAUGUGAAAAUUGUCAAGAUAAAGUCGCUAAUAUUAGGUAUCUCGCUAUUGAAACUCUGGAUAAAUAUCAAAUCGUUCUAAAUAGGGAUCAAGCCCUCAAUUUGAAGGUAAUAAAGCAGAUCCGUAAAGUUUUUAAGGCUGAGAAAGAUGCAGAGGUCAAGGAACGGAUCAAGUCCUUGCAUAAAACUUUGAAGACAUUCAAAAGUUAG